UUUUAAUCGCAACUUUGACGUUAUUUGAAGGCUUGUGCGUCCAUGUGUGUUCAUUGAGGUAUUGCAAGCAGGAGUCGUGAAGAUACGCCAUGUGGUACGCGUGGUCUCUGCUGUUGUUAUGUCUUUCUACAGUUACGAGUACACCUUUGUGGAAGCAAAACAGAUUCGAAAAUUCUAGUUUCUUGGAUGACUGGAACUUGGACGGUGACCAUGACUUUGGGAAUGAGUCGAUGGCCGUCGUUAACGAUCCCGAUGGUAGUUCCUCGAAGAAAGUCUUGAGAGUCUUCUACAAGAAUGGUUCCUAUUCCGGAUCCGGAGAUUACAGGGGAGCUCAGUUUUACGCCCGACCCACCUCUCCUCGAACCUGUCUUAUCUUGGACUACAAGAUCUACUUCGCGGAAAAUUUCGAUUUCGUAGAGGGAGGUAAGCUGCCUGGUCUUUGGGGAGGGAGCCAGGAGUGUUCUGGGGGAAGAAACGCAGACGAAUGUUUCUCCACUCGAUACAUGUGGCGCUCGGGGGGUGAUGGUGUCGUGUACGCCUACAUUCCUGACAAUCAGAAUUGCGGUUUCUGCGACAGAAACGAAGUCCAUUGUAAUUAUGAUUAUGGACAUGAUAUUGGUAGAACAUGGGUGUUUAAGACAGGGCAAUGGCAGAGUAUCAGGCAGAAAGUGAAGCUGAACUCGGUUGGUUCAAAAAAUGGGGUUUUGACGGUCAGGUUUAACAAAAAUAAGGUAUUGCAGGUUAAGAAUUUGGUCUUCCGGAACUCUAAUAACAUUAAGGUUGAAGGAAUCUUCUUCUCCACCUUCUUCGGCGGAGGAAGUUCAAGUUGGGCGACGCCAAAGGACACCUACACUUACUACAAGGACUUCAAGUUGUCCGACAUGGGUUGCUGAGGCUGCUUUGAAAUAAAUCCUUGGAUAAAACAA